AUGGCGGAACCCGAUUUUGAGCGAGUCAACCUGUCAAAGGAAGAAAAAGUUUGUGGGGUUAUAUUUGCGGUGCUUUUGUUGGGAUCAAUAGCAGAAUGCAGAGUAACCGUAAGAGUAGAGGAUCUUGAUUACCCUGCUAUAAAUUGUAGAAAACACAGUGCAGUUCUAACAGAUUUUGGUGGUGUUGGUGAUGGAAAAACAUCAAACACCAAGGUUUUUCAAUAUGCAAUCAGCCAUCUCAGCCAGUAUGCAUCUGAUGGUGGAGCUCUACUUGUUGUGCCACCUGGGAAAUGGCUAACUGGAAGCUUUAAUCUUACUAGCCAUUUCACGCUUUUCCUCCAUAAUGAAGCUGUCAUUCUUGCAUCUCAGGAUGAAUCAGAGUGGCCUUCAGUUCCCGUACUACCAUCAUAUGGCAGAGGAAGGGAUGCUCCAGAUGGAAGGUUUAGUAGUCUCAUUUUUGGAACUAACCUCACUGAUGUUGUAAUUACUGGUUACAAUGGGACAAUUGAUGGCCAAGGAUCUUAUUGGUGGGACAAAUUCCACAAGGGUGAACUGAAACUCACAAGGCCAUACUUGAUUGAGAUUAUGUUCUCUGAUCACAUUCAGAUAUCAAAUCUCACUUUGAUAAACUCCCCAUCUUGGUUUGUCCAUCCAAUUUACAGCAGUGACAUUAUAAUUCAAGGGUUGACCAUUACUGCACCAAUUGACUCUCCCAACACAGAUGGAAUAGAUCCUGAUUCUUGUACCAACACUAGGAUUGAAGAUUGCUAUAUUGUCUCUGGUGAUGAUUGUAUAGCAGUAAAAAGUGGUUGGGAUGAGUAUGGAAUCAAAUUUGGGAUGCCAACCCAACACUUGAUAAUUAGAAGGCUUACAUGUAUAUCCCCUGAUAGUGCUAUGAUUGCUUUGGGAAGUGAAAUGUCUGGUGGAAUCCAAGAUGUUAGAGCUGAAGAUCUCACAGCUAUCAAUACUCAAUCAGCAGUUAGAAUCAAAACUGCAGUUGGUAGGGGAGCAUAUGUGAAAGACAUAUUUGUUAAACGAAUGAACUUGAACACCAUGAAAUAUGUGUUUUGGAUGACAGGUUCUUAUGGAUCACACCCUGACCCUGGUUUUGAUCCCAAAGCACUUCCUAACAUUACUGGAAUAAAUUAUAGAGAUGUCAUUGCACAUAAUGUCACAUAUUCAGCAAGGCUUGAUGGAAUUCCUAAUGACCCUUUUACAGGAAUAUGUAUUUCUAAUGUGAAUAUCCAAAGUGAGGGAAAGAAAUUGCAAUGGAAUUGCACUGAUAUUGAAGGGGUCACAAGUAAUGUCUAUCCUAAGCCUUGUGAAUUGCUGCCAGAGAAGAAAGAGAAAUUUGAAUGUCCUUUUCCAGAUGACAAACUUCCCAUUGAAAGUGUUCAGUUGAAGAAUUGUGGUCUCAAUCUUCUGAGAAAAAAGAUUGUAUUUAAUUUUUGA